GUGAGUCCUGUAUGUGUGUGUGUGUGUGUGUGUGUGUGUGUUGCGUAUACAAGUGUGUUUUGUUCCUUUAUCUCUAUGUCUGAGUUUACAGUAAUAUGUGGUGUGUUUAUUGAUGUUUGUUCCGUCGAAUGACACACCAUACUGGCCGUACCACCAGGACUCACUGUUCUGAUUUUACUUGUGAUUAAUCAAGAAAACAGGGAUGCGUGUUCUCAGGUUUCAGCCAGCGUUCUCGGGUUUGAAGAGCAAUUCGUUCAAUAAUAACAUAGAAAAUGUUCUAUCCCAAAAUUCUGAGAUAGAUAGGCUUAUUAUGCACAUAGUUGAAUACACACGACGAUUAAAUUUUGGCAAGUACGUAAUGCAAUAAUACAUUGACGAACAGACUAGAUUUUUUUCGCUAAGUCUUGUGCGUCAUAGAUGUAAAAAUUAGAGAGUGUUGAGGGCAAGGAAAGGAAAAUUAUGAGCAACGCAGUUUUGAUAAGAUUUUAUUUACACAAAACCAACACAACAGCUACAUUCAACGUUGCUUUUAUCUGUUGGUAUGUUGUUUGAACCAAUGCGAUAUCGCAGCGACGAAAGACUUCAACGAGGUGUAGAAUGUGCUUUGGAGGAAACAAAUAUAAAGACGUUAUAUUUAUAGCCUAGCCUAGCCACCCCCUACCAGAACACGAAUCGAUAAAUAUUAUAAAUUACUAUGCUGGUUAAAUAAGCACAGAAAUACAUGUUUCUGCGUUUGAAUGCAUGCUAUCUCAUUACCGGCAUGCGAAGUGCAAAGGCGAUAAUUUAUGUAUGACAGUAUUUUAGCUAUGCAGAUUGUCUCUCCGAAGACAGGAUUGACUUACAAGAAAUGUCUUUAAGCCGCACAAAUCGUGCAUAAUUUUUGACUAUUGCCAUAUCGACCAAAACCAUCCGAACUUAGACGCGAUAGAUAACGUUUAGUAAAGCAAAAAAUACUUUUAAACUGAGCUGAAGGGAAAUAAUAAAAUUUAAAUCUUAUGUUUAGAAGCGUUCGCUUAUGGCAUCUUUGAAUCAAUUUUUGAGUCGGUCUAUUGACCCAAGGCAGGCAGGCAGGCUUGAAUCAGCAACGAUCGAGCGACCGAUGGAAUUGUUUUGUUUUUAAUCAUUCAAGCAUUGCAUAUGGAUAUGUUUUUUCCUCUCGGUUGAGAGUAUGUAUUGGAUCGGGGAUUGGUAGCAUCGAACCUCGCUCUCUGCGUAUGUAUGUUGCCCAGAGCUAUAUUAUAGCGCAUGUUGUGCGCCGAACGCAUAUUGCCUUGCCUUCAAUCACCACACUACGCCUCAGAGCUAAGAAUAUCUUCACCAGACGCGGCAAUAGCGAUUCUAUCGUUGGUUGAUGAGAUGGCGCGUUUCUUGGCCCGUAUCGCUCUCGACCCGUCCCGCCCGUUGGUUCUAGAACACGGAGGCUACUGGCCUGCCUGAAGCUUCGGUUUUCAAUUCCACCACGAACCGGGUUAUUUAACAUGAUUCCAACACAUGCACGGGAUUCUCUACAACGGUUUCCUUUUUGCUGACAUCAGUCAGAGGGUUGCGCUUAAUCAUACAGCAUCCCAGCAGCGGAAACGGAAUGCGACGUACAAACCCGAAUGUAGGGAAACAGUAACAGUUCUCUUCUUCUGGGUGACGCUCGUUGAUGCCUGCUUGCGAUCGUUUCAUAUUGCACCACACAUGUAUGAACUUUUGAGUGACUUUUUCCUUCUCUCCCACGAUGCAGACUUCAUUUGUUUUCUCGGUCCGGUGGGUUUUUUUUUAAUGAUUCGAGAUAAAGAUUUCAACGCCGUCUGUCACAGAAACCUCGGUGGCAAAUGUGACGGUGAUAAGUGAAGAAGACGAAGAUUUGGCUUCCGAAUGAACUCUAUGCCAUGAAUCCACAAGGAACUGAGCAAACUGUGAAAAAGAAGCACGUGCGACACAGAUGUUGAUGCACAUACAGCAGAACAGAUAAAUAAUAGAAACGAACAGGAUAUAAGCUAGGCCGAUACAGAACAACUUUGGGUCGUACAAAGCAAACAGCAAAAGAAACAUUCAUACCGAAGGCGUGGUGAUACAUAAAAUGCGACAUAAGAUUGAUAGAAGAAAAGAGAAACAAGAAAGGCUUGUGCUUCGUGUAUUAAUGGAUUUUUUUUUACAACAACAUAGUUGAAUCUUACUUCCAUUUUCAUUACGGUCGAAUAACAGGCUCUAAAUUGCUGCAGAUAGUAAUGGUUCUUAUCAACUUAGUUUUUCGCCGCUCGUUUACCGACUUAUCAUGAACAGCAUGGGUAGCAUCACACCAUGGGUUUCCAGUCUGAAGGCGAGUUGAAGUUUUUCUUGAAUCGGCACGAUUCGUCCGAGUUUACUGGUUAAGGGAUCAUCCCGCAUUUCUGUGCGAUGUUUUUGUUAGCAUUGCAUUAGGAUGAUAUUCUGAAAGAGGGGUCAUAGCAGUUGAAAUCUCCGUGGUUUGCUCAGUGUAUUCAAAGAACACGAACCCGGACAGUCAAAAUGAUGUUUUCCCCUUGUGGUGCUGGUGUGCGACUUUUGGUUAACUCAGAGCUCGAGUACUGGAACAUGGAGUCAACAAUAUAGGACGUGAUAAGUUGUGUUGAUAGGGGCUUAACUAAUGUGCUGGCGGCUACGUAAUAGAGAUUGUUUGUUCAGCUUAUCUGAAUCAACUUUUGUAGCGUGCGGUUAUAUUCGAUCGGCUUGGCCAACAGUGGUGAGCCUGUUCAAAAUAAUAUGAUCGAAAAUGUCCUGCUGCUACUAGCCGGGAUGGUGUGCAUUCGACGUUUCUCGCAUCUUCAAAAGCUCUUCUCUAUAUUACGCUCCACAUCGGAAGAAUAUCUUCUACAGGAGGGUAUAUGCAACCAAGGUACGACAGGAGGUCAACUAAUGGUUCAACCCCUGAAAGCUCAUUCGGUACGGUCUGAUUGUGGCGGAACGAGGAGGUGAACAACGGGGCUUCAGUUUUUGAAAUGUGGUGCAUGCAUAAUUUCGACCUUAACUCGUUCAACGACUCCGAAUGCGACGGGCAGGAAGACGGAAAUUGACGUGACCUACCGAACACCGUCUUCGGAAGCAUCCCUGCAGUAAGAGUAUGAACUAUCAAGAACAAUUUUAAAGCUUGUUAGCAGAAGUGUUUCAAGACUGUUGAUCAUUUUGCCUAACAUGUAGAAACAUUCGUUAAAAAUUGUGGAGUGGGCGUCUGGCAUGAUGCGUGCCUCACCCGUACCUGAGCGUUUUCUCUAACCUCAUAACUGGAUGGUGUCUGAAGCCAGGAGUUGAUAGAAUUCGCGCCCAAAAUACAAUGUGUUAGUGCGAUAACGCAUUAUGUGAUCUUUUCUCUCUGGUGGUGGUGUUGGUGCUUUUGGUUGUGGUAAUGUUUUAGGUGCUUUUCUUAAACUAACAGUGCUGAUGGUGAUGGUGAUACGGCUCUUAUCAGCAAGCUGAAAACUCUUUCCACUAACACAAUUACGGUGCGAGAACGCAUACCACGGUGCUUGAAUAGACUUGUGCAGCUACGAAACUUCAAACCCUUGUAAACGACCGAACUUUACGUGUACCGAUUCAGUCUCAAGACGCAUUGCUAGAAACACUCUCCCCCCGGGAGAACUUAACGAACGAUACGGCAUCGUGGUGCGUUUAUUUCUUUCCGUACGCGUUUGUAAACAGCGUGUUCGAUUACAAUCCGGACACACAAGACAUCUUUCGGCUGAGAGGUAUAGCUCGUUCGACGUUUCGAGGCCAUUUGGUACCGCUUCUUUAUUAACGACAUGAUGAAGAAAUCAACGCGUCAAACCCGAAUGUCUCGGUACGUGGGUAAGCAUUCGCCAAAGAUUGCAACCCCAGAUGAAGGCAACAAUAACGUCAACAUCAGCAGCAAGGGCACCAUCCCAACUCCCGCGAAGAUGUCGAGUGGCGAGGAAGAAAUGUCCGCAAUGGAACUUCCUUCGUUCAUUGCGGAAAAACCGAUCAACUACAACGAAACAUCUGCCCACUGCGAUGACGAGGAUGAUAAGUCGGAUGUGAAGAAGCUAGUCAAUGCAGUUGACGAAGCAGGCGAGGAAGCGGACGGUGCCGAGUCUGGUAGUGGCACCGAUGCAACCCUAUCCUCUGCCGGGGGAUCGGCGUCGUCGAAGCGCGGUCGAAAGCGCCAAGAACGGAAGCUAUAUCAGUGCGAAGUAUGCCAAAAGGAGUUCAUGGGCACGAACGAUUUGCGCAAACAUUUGCGUAUACACAAUGAUGAACGGCCGUACCCAUGUCCGCACUGCAAAAAUCGUUUUCGACAGGCAGGAUGUCUGAAGAACCACAUUGCUUCGCAGCACGGUACGGAUGAGCAGUAUACGUGCGAUCUUUGUGGAAAAUCGUUCCCCAUUAAGGAGCGGUUACGAUUACAUAUGCGCAUUCAUACGGGCGAAAAACCGUACAGCUGUUCGCUUUGCCCGAAAACCUUCGCACGUGGUGGACAGCUAACGCAGCAUCUUGCUACACACAACGGGGUCAAGAAACACAAGUGUGAUCAAUGCACGGCAGCUUUCUCUUGUGCCGCUAACCUGAAAAUGCACCUUAAAAGCCACAUGGACAUCCGCGACUACACGUGUCACAUUUGCGGUCGAGGAUUCUAUCGACCAGAUGCACUUAAAAAACAUCUUCUCUGUUACCAUGCUAAUCUCAAAGCGUUCCACUGCAACAUAUGCAACAAAAUGUUCAAAGGACACUUGCCGCAGCAUAUGCGGACGCAUCUGAAGGUGCGUCCGCACGGUUGUGCUGUGUGUGGGGCGGUUUUCUCACAAAGGUCGCAGCUGAUCGUUCACCAGCGCAUUCAUAGUGGUGAACGCCCAUACCGCUGUCAGGUGUGCUGGCAAGCAUUCGCUCACUCAAGCGUUCUAAAGUUGCACAUUCGUAAACAUACGGGCGAGAAACCGUUUGAGUGUCCGCUAUGUAGCUCGAGCUUUUCACAGCUACCACAUUUGAAGAAGCAUAUGCUCUCCAUUCACCAGCAGGAUAAAUCGUACUUAUGUCAAAAGUGUGGAGAAUUUUUCAAAACAAAAAUGGACUACCAACUACACGUGACGGCGUGCUACAAAGAUCCGGCCGCAGUAAAAAAUCUCGACAACAUGCUGGACCCCAUGUAUCGACCGACUGAAACUAACGGCAUAGAUCCCCCCAUGACCAUUUCACGCAUGCGAUUUCUGGUGGCAAUUUUGUUGAAGAAAAUAUCCAGCGAGGAUCGACUGAAGGAGCUGGGCUUCGAUAAGCGACUUAUUGACAACGUUCUAAUCGACUCACUGAAGUGUGCUGGGCGCAAGGUUUGCGAUGACAAGUCAUACGAUCCACUGGAACGAUUGAAGCUAAACGUACAGGAACUACUUGAAUGGACUGUACCGCCAAACUACAUGAAAGAAUUUCGCGGUGCCAAUCGUAGCACUGAGGAGUUACUUGAGGAGCUCACCAACUAAGAUCGCCUAUUGAAUGACCGAUCAUUCAGUUUUGCCGGGGGGAGUUUUAAAAGUAAUGUUCAGUUUGUUUUUAUCUAUUCGUGAUUUCUAUCUUGUUUUUACUUUUCUAUUUUUUAUUUUCGAUAAAACUCAACAGAUAACCUUUCUUGUGCAGCACUAGUAUAGCAUUGGUGGAGGGAGCAUUUUUGAGAAAUAUGUUUGUUCUCUUAUUCUAUUAAUACUAUUGACUGGAAAGGUGCUUUAUUUGUUAAAAAUUAAAAACAAAAAUAAUAUCUUUCAAAUGUCCUACUAACAUAUAUACAAGUGCAAAAUAUUUGUAGAAAAUGUAGGGAGCAAUGCCUAGAAACGCACAAAGUAUAUGAGGAAAAGUCCUACAAACAAACAAACCAAUGACUGCGCACACAACUGGCGCUUGAAAGCCAUGCCAAACAAACGAUUAUUCGACGCCAUUUCAUUUUUUAUGCUUAGUUAUUUCGUUUGAAUAAAUGAUAAGUUACAGGCAAACGUUAUGUAAAUGUGCUUCACAAUUUGCGCAGAAAAUUGAAAAAUUCCAAGCAAACAGAACACAUAAUCGGCGAACGUUCCUUGAGGAAUCGUGGAGAGCAUGAAACAGGAUAUAUGCAUAUCUGCCUUUACCCAGCUACACGUUUAGUCGCCAUUGUUGUUAUCCUAGUCUAAUUUACAUGGAAAUAGAGUCACCCAAAGUCCAUGCAUGGCUAAGUCAUUCGGUAGAUUAGACAAAUCAUGCAUUAAAAAUGAAUUUUCCGGUAUGAAAUGUUUUAGCCAAUUGUAUGAAGAAUCUUGUUUAAGAUUUAGGAAGCAUAAAUUUGGCGCCGAUUCUUUCUUAGUUACCUUUUUUCGUAAGAAUUUAUAAUACACUUGUAAUAAUUAUUCCCAGGAAAAGGAAUAUUUUCAGCUGAAUACCAAAAACAUGAAACGUAACAAAUACUAACUCGCUGCGUCGCGAUUGCGCGGUAAUUCGUGUAGUAGAUAUGUUUGUGUAUUCCAUACGAAAUCAUGCGAAAAAAAAUCUGAACUCAGCACUGUUACCAAUUUGUAGUUUGGAAUUCGGCUUGCCAUCUGUGUCUGCAUUAAGGAAUACAGACAAUAGUGAACGUAGGAUGUGAGUGUAAAUCAAAAAAAUCAGAUUCAAUCCAGUGUGAGAUCAAAAGGCCCAAUCGAUGUAAAUCGAUCUCAAGUGAAUUAGUGUUUAACCGUAAUUUGGCGUCGCUUGCUGAGCAAACGUUACGUGGCCAUAUUGAGCGGUUUCGCAUGUAUUCUGAAAUGAAGUAGAAUAGUAAAUUUUAUAUCUUAUUGUUUAUCUGAUGUCGCUGUGACGGUCGUUUUUCCGAACAAAUACCAAAUUGAAACCCAAUCUCACCAAGAAAUAACACAAAUGUUAACUAGCUGUGUCUACUAGCUAGCUAGCUCUUUAACGAGAUUAGGAAUCCCGUAAUCGUUGAUAGCGGCGCAAAUAGUACGCGCUGCAACAGGUCGCUGUUGCGCCAUAUCUGUGGAAAUCCAUGCCUUUGCGAAUGUUUGGUAAUUGAAACAGAAGCGCAAAAGUUUGAAUUUUGACCGAUAAAGUCACAAAUGCGGCUAUGUAUUGCGCUUAUUAACUUUUAUGUCCAAAAAUAUAAUCUUAGUAAUUGGUAGAUAAAUGUACUAAUAUUUUGUGUGGAAUAAAAACACACAUGUCAACAAUGUUUAGAAUAAAUGUGAAUCAAUACAAACAUUGACUAAUCCGCUUCUUAUGUACAGUGAAAGUGUACCAGAUGAAUAGCGUUAAACUCCGUGGCCAAUUGUAUAAAAUAUAUAUUGUGAACAAUAAAACCAUGUAAAUUGUGACUUGAAACCAACUCUA